CUGUCUUAUUUAAAUCUAAAAAAUAACAAAUAUUUAUUUGAAAAACUUUUUUAAGUUGUUAUUUUCUCUAAAUUUAUCGUUUAUAGGAAAAAGAGCAACAGCUGGAAGAAAACUGGUGGCAGCGCUUGCAGGAAUAGCGAUGUGGCUAUUCUCAAUUCACCUUAGAAUAUCGACGCUAACUUAGAAGCAGGUAAUAAUCGUUUACCCAAAAAAGAGCUGACCGGAGUAAGUGUUUGGAAUUUGAUUGUCUUCUGUCGUGCUCUUCUCCUAGCAGUGCAGCGAGUAUCGUAAUAGAUUUUUAAGAUUAUAAUAUAAAGAAAUCAUCUUAUUUAUCAUAUAUAAUAACAGUAAUUUAAAAUGGAUUCCAAAGCUCGUUUAAUCAAAAAUAAAAAACUUAAAAUUAAGUCUGAACCUGUAAAAAGUGAAACUCACUUACCUAUAACAUUUGAACCAACAAAUAUAGUUUUAACAGGAAAACCAGGAGUUGGGAAAACUACAUUAAUCAAAAGCAUAAUUGAUCACUUACAGCAAUGUGGAACGAUUGGUUGCUGUGGCUUUUAUACCAACGAAACGAGAGAUACUGCAAAUGAACGCACCGGUUUUGAAAUUAUCACUCUUGAUGGAAAAGAAUCGACACUAGCCAAGACAUUUACAUUUGAUGAUGUACGUCGGCCUAAGAUCGGGAAAUAUUCAGUAUAUGUCGAAAAUGUUGACGCUGUUGCAUUGGCCAUACGUAAUGCUCCCAUGAAUAAAUUACUUGUCCUUGAUGAAAUUGGCAAAAUGGAAUUAAUGAGUAAAUCUUUUCGUUCUACUGUAAAUGACGUAAUUGACCACACUCUGUUAUUAGCAACCAUACCUCUAAUCUAUUCAAUACCCAUGUUGGAGCGUUUACGUAGUUCACCAAAUACUAAACUAUUUUGUAUAACCAAAUCAAAUCGUAAUACUAUUUUUAAAGAAAUUGUUGAUUGCAUUGAAGAAUGCCUGAAAGUGAAUUAAUCAAUUUUUUUUUAAUUCUAUCUCUUUAUCUAUUUAUUAAAGUUUUGUCAUAAAAUGUAAUU